UGAUAUCAUUAAAAUUGUGUACCCUUUUGACAAAUAUGAAAAUGAAAUAUUAUUCAAGCUAGUGAAAAAAAACAAAACAUGUUGAUGUAUGGAAAGAUUUUUCUCAUUAAUAUUUGUAUUGUUUUUUGAAUAGGAUAAACAGCAGAUCAAACUGAAUUACAUAUAGCUUCUACUACUUAUGUCUAUGUAAUAGGAUCCUCUGUAACUGCCUUACCUUUAAAUCUUCCUUUCCAUAUGGAAAUUACCACACAGUUUCUUAAGUGCCUAUUUUAUCUUAUCUUCUUACUACAUGUGCUCUUGUUUUCUCUUCCUAUACUACAUUGUGGUGCUAGUGACUGCUUGAUGGAUAAUUCUGUAAUCGCUGAUGGCACCAACAACAUUACUCUAGUCUCCCCGGGUCAAGUAUUUGAGCUUGGAUUCUUCACUCCAGAAGGGAAUACUAAUAAUAGCAAGUAUUUGGGCAUAUGGUAUUACAACCAGUCUAAUCCAAGGAUUAUAGUCUGGGUUGCUAAUCGGAACAAGCCACUUUUAGAAUCAAAAGGCUUUCUCAUAAUAAAAGAUGGUGAUGGUAAGGUGUUGGAUAAUAAUGGUGAGAUAUACUGGUCAACGGAUGUCAAUGUACCUGUGAAUUCGACACUUUGUCUAGAAGACACUGGUAACUUAAUUUUGUACAGCAGGGGGGAACGAGGAAAACUGAGAUGGUGGCAAAGCUUUGAUUACCCAACUGACACACUUCUUCCAGGAAUGGACAUUACUGAUAAGAAUUUGACUUCAUGGGAGAGUAAUGACAAUCCUGCACAUGGAAACUAUAUGUUUAUGCUGCAACUUCAAGGGAACCAAAAGAGAUUGAUUAUUUUGAAAAAGGGAUCACGGCAUUAUUGGGAAAGUGAGGCUACACCUUUUGAACAGGCUCCCCAAACACUGUUUAAUUUUUCGUUUAACAACAUGCUUCAGCAGGAAAGUUACAAUAAUACGAGGUUGGUGAUGAAGUUCACCGGACAGAUUCAAUUUUGGACAUGGGAAAUUGAAAGAGGCUGGUCCUUGAAAUGGAUGGAGCCAAAGGAUAGGUGUAGUUUAUACAAUAUAUGUGGAAAUUUUGGCAGUUGCAAUAGUAACAAUGGGUUGUUCUGCAAGUGCUUACCUGGUUUUUAUGCUAUUUCUCCGAAGAGAUGGACUUCAGGAAAUUUCUAUGAGGGCUGUUCCCCAAAGUCAGUACCGUGCAGUAGGAACUACUUGUCAGAUGAAUUCUUGAGGAUGCCUAUGAUGAAAGUGAGCACUCCAAAGACCAAUCAGACAAAUGUUGGGUCGUACAAGACUGAUUGCCUUACAGAAUGUGAUUGUUUAGCUUACUCUUGUGGUGUCACUAAUUGCAAAGGAGCAUCAAAUGAGAGCUGUUUGAAGUGGUCUUAUGAAAUUACCAAUUUGCAGGAGGAGUAUUCCGAGGGGCUCACUAUUUUUGUUCGCAGUACAAUUUCUGAUAUAGAAUCAACUCCAAGAGCCUGUAAACCUUGUGGAACGUACAGCAUUCCAUAUCCCUCAGCACUUCUCCAAAUUGUGGAGAUUCGUCAUACUUUAAUUUCCGCUGCAAUGAGAAAAUAGGGCAGGUUAACUUCUCAACUUCGAAAGGAAUUUUCAAAAUCUCUUCAUUUGAUCCCGAUGCAAAAAGAUUUGCCAUCCGAGUCACGAAUUUCAAUAGUUGUGACAGUAGAUCUAUAGACUCAACUCUUCUAUCACCCAAGGAUACUCUACAGUACAAUAUCAAAAACUGCAAUGUAAUUAAGGAACAAUCUUUUUUAGAAGCUCAACGAUCUUUCAUUGAAGUUGAACUGGGUUGGAAACCACCGCCAGAACCUGCUUGCAAUGCAUCGUCAGAUUGCCGUGAUUGGCCCUAUACUUCCUGUAAAAAGAAAAGGGGUGGUGAAAUGAGGUGCAUUUGUGGAUCAAAAUACCAUUGGGAUGGAUGGAAUUUGAAAUGUACUAAAAAAACAGCUUUCCGUCUCAAGAUAGUGCUUCCUUGCAUAGUUGGUGCAUUGGCAAUUAUCCUUAUCUGUAGCAUAUUAUUUUUCUACUUUAUCCAGAAAAGGAGAGGUCAAGAACUGCGUUCUAUUGAGUUUAAAGGGGAUGAUUCUUAGGGCGUAGAUGUGCCCCUUUUCAACUGGAAAAGCAUACUAGCUGCUACAAACAGUUUUUCAGACUCAAACAAGCUUGGGAAAGGAGGAUUUGGUGAUGUAUAUAAGAUGGAAAGAAAGUUGCUGUAAAGAGGCUCUCAAGUGUAUCAGUGCAGGGUUUUGAGGAAUUCAAGACUGAGGUUGUGUUGAUUGCCAAACUUCAACAUCGGAAUCUUGUAAGACUUCUUGGAUAUUG